CAGAGGUGUCCUUCCAUGGUCUAAAGUGGUUUCCACCUCGAAUUGACAUCUAUGACGCUAUUGAAGCUGUGCAUCGCUAUACGUGGGCAUUAAACCAGCUGUGCUGCAUUCACAUCAGAGGCCCAAAAUCUGAUAUCAACCAUUGCCUUGUCAAGAUCAAGCAUUAUGUCUCUCCCAUUCGUCAAAUCCAUUGAGGAUUGCGGCGAGUACGCCAAAACAGUCCAACCCUACAUUCCGCAGCUCUAUGCUCUUCCUCGACACAUUCUUGACAACAUUGCCAGUCCUGAUGGGCUGAGGCAGAUUUAUGUUGAUACAAACCCUCUCAUAUCAGGCUUUGCCAUUUCUAUUGCUCUUGGCUUUGUCUUCCUCGUUGUCUCCGAGAUCAACCGAAACUACUCUCAAGUUGAUCGAAUGUGGUCGAUUCUCCCAAACUUAUACGUUGUCCAUCUCUCAGUCUGGGCGCGUCUUGCUGGUGUUCCUUCUUCGCGAGUUGAUCUUAUUGCUGCUGCUACAACCCUUUGGAGUUGCCGCCUGACAUAUAAUUACUGGCGUAAGGGUGGUUACAAUAAAGGAUCUGAAGAUUAUCGAUGGGCCAUUCUCCAGCAAUAUGUACCCCGAUUUGUCUGGUUCCUCUUUAACGUCACCUUCAUUUCUUUCUACCAGAGCGCUCUGCUCUUCAGCUUCUCAUGCGUUCCUGCGUAUGCCAUUCUCUGCUCUACCAAGUUUGAGCAGGAUGUGACCACUGCCGAUAUUGUUUUUGCUCUCAUCAUGGUCGGCCUAGUCUACAGCGAGUGGGUUAGCGAUGGUCAGCAGUGGGACUACCAUGCGGCCAAGCAUCAGUACCAGGCCGAGGCCAAGGUCCCCAAGAAGUUCAAGUAUUCCCAAGCCGAUCUUGACCGUGGCUUCAACACUUCUGGUCUCUGGGCUUACAGCAGACAUCCCAACUUUGCUGCAGAGCAAAUGAUCUGGUUUGUGCUAUACCAGUGGAGUUGCUUCGCAACCAAGAACAUUUACAGCUACACUUUUACCGGCGCUGCCGCCUUGAUCCUCCUCUUCCAGGGUUCAACUUGGCUCACAGAGCUCAUCACAGCUGGCAAGUAUACUGAAUACCCCAUGUACCAGGAACAGGUUGGAAUGUUUUUACCAAAGUCCCUUACCCCCUACAAGACUCCUGGGCCAAAGGUCAUUCGGACUAGCGAUAUUGCUAAGAGGAUGGAGAACAAGAAGCAAGCUUAAGUUUGCGUCUAAAUACAUUGCCUAUUAACCCUUAAUCAAGAGCACUAACAGCUUUGUUUUGGCCAGCAUAAGGCAGUAUCCAAAUUCAUCAUAGUCUAGAUAGAGG